AUGUUACUCUUCUGGCUCGCUGCGUACUGCAUAUUGCCAACUUUCUACUGUCUUAGCUAUUCUUCCCAUUAUCAAGUUGCUUCCCCAUCCGCCCACAAACUUCCGGAAGAUGUCGUCAGAUUUCGGCGAUAUUUCUAUUUUUCACAUUCAUCUACGGGAAAAAUCAAACGAGCUGCAACCGCUCGUGUGGAACGCAUUUGGCCUGAUGGGGUUAUACCCUAUCUAAUAGCUGGAAAUUUCUCAGGUGAGCAUAAGAACUUGUUCCAGAGGGCGAUGCGGCACUGGGAGAAUUACACCUGUGUGUCGUUCGUACCUAAGCUGGAUUAUCACAAACAUUAUAUAAUGUUUACCAUCGACAAGUGCGGGUGCUGCUCUUAUGUGGGACGCCGUGGUGACGGCCCGCAGGCUAUUUCAAUAGGGAAAAAUUGUGACAAAUUCGGGAUAGUAGUUCAUGAACUUGGUCAUGUAGUCGGUUUCUGGCACGAACAUACUCGACCAGAUCGAGACCAAUAUGUGGACAUUUUCUAUAAAAGUAUUCAGCCAGGACAGGAUUAUAACUUCGAGAAAUCGAAACCGGAGGAGGUUGAUUCGCUGGGAGAGCCAUAUGAUUUCAAUUCAAUUAUGCAUUACGCACGCGACACUUUUUCACGCGGAACAUUUCACGAUACGAUACUUCCAAAGCCGAGUUUAGGUUUCCGAUCAGAGAUCGGUCAACGGGUGCAGCUAAGCGAAGGUGAUAUACGGCAAGCGAAGAAACUGUAUAAAUGCGCAGCUUGUGGCGAUACAUUGCUCAAUGAGUCGGCCGAUCUCGUUCCGUCCACUAUCGGUAGAUGUGUUUGGCGCAUUAUUGCAGCUGAAGGCCAGACAAUAUUUCUGAAUUUGACAGGUGCUUUUCUGAACUCCCCCCUCACCGAUUGUUUGUCGGAGCAGGAUGAUGUCAUCAUCGUUCGCGACGGUUACUCUCGGAGGGCGCCAGUAUUGGAUAAAAUCUGUGGCGAUGAAACCAAUUAUCGCACUGUGGUAUCGUCCGGAAGUCGACUGUAUGUCGAGCUUCUUUCGAACUCACUACCCCAAGCAUCGCUAGGCAAAUACCAUUCUGUUUGUGGUGGUCCAAUUUACGCUGAUAGCGGUGUCAUUCAGAGUCCUAGGUAUCCAGAGUCGUAUCCACCGAAUGCUGACUGUUUGUGGACUGUCCAUGUUUCGGAAGGCUAUCAGGUUGCCGUCGAAGUGGUUUAUUUUCAUCUCGAACAACACAAAGAUUGCAUAUAUGACCGUGUAGUUUUUUGGGAGAGCACUGAAAGUGGAGCCCCGUUGGCUACAUUGUGUGGAUCAGUAACGAAGAGACAAAUUGUUACGAGAGCAAGCAACGAAAUGGCCAUAAGGCUAUUCUCUGAUAAUUCCGUGCAAAAGUCAGGAUUCGAGAUAGCGUUUGUUCGCGAACUGGACGAAUGUACUUCGGGAGCACAUCAUUGCGAACAGCUUUGUGUUAAUACAGUCGGAAGCUUCAGGUGCGACUGUCAUGUUGGGUACAGUCUUCGCCCGGACGGAAGAACAUGCGAGAGCACAUGCGGAGGUUUCAUACGCGCUUCUUCUGGUUCUUUUGCUUCACCAAACUUCCCCCAACACUAUCCCUCUUCAAAAAAUUGUGUGUGGGAAAUUGAAGCAGAUGAAGGAUACCAAAUUUUCCUUAAUUUCACUUCCUUCAAUGUAGAGGGGAUGAAGACGGAAUGUGCUUAUGACUAUGUGAAAAUAGGUGAAAGUGAGAAGCUCUGUGGGGAUUAUGCUGAACCUCUGCUAUUCACAUCUGCCUCAAAUCGAGUCAGAGUUGAAUUUGUUUCUGACUCGUCCGUAGAAAGAACUGGUUUCUUUGCUCAUUUUAUUGCUGACCUUAACGAAUGCCAAACGGAUAAUGCUGGCUGCGAACACAUUUGCCAGAAUCGUCUGGGGUCCUAUAUAUGUCUCUGUCAACCUGGGUAUGUCCUUGCUGCGGAUGGGCAUAAUUGUAAGGAAGGAGGAUGCUUCUUCGAACUCAAUUCGCCUUUUGGUGAAAUCAAUACGCCAAAUUUUCCAAGCGAUUAUCCUAAGGCCCAGAACUGUACCUGGCACUUUGUGACAACGCCAGGACACCGUCUUAUGCUUACUUUCUCAUCGUUCCAAGUAGAAGAACAUUCACAGUGCAAGUAUGAUUCGGCGUCGAUAUACGAUGGAGGAGACACUAAUGCUCCAUUGGUUGGUAUCUUCUGUGGUGUGACACCACCUCCAAUGUUCAUGUCUUCAACGAAUGAGCUCUUUCUCACGUUUACUUCAGAUGCAUCUGUCUCGCGGCAGGGGUUUGAAGCACAUUACACAUCAGUUUGUGGAGGUAGGCUAACUGCCGAGUCAUCACCGGGUCAUAUUUACUCGCAUGCCACAUUCAGCGACAGCAAAUACGGAAAGAGCCAGGACUGUUGGUGGAAAAUAUCAGCAAGGUCGCGUCAACGAGGUGUGCGAAUUCAGUUCAAUGCUUUCACGUUAGAAGCUGAAGAGAGGUGUCAGUAUGAUUAUGUGGAGGUCUACGACGGGUCCGAACCUGUCCAAAAUCGGUUGUUUGGGAGGUUUUGCGGUGACAGCAUCCCAGAUUCCAUCACAAGUACAGGACCGGAAAUCCUUUUGAUUCUCCAUACUGACGAUUCAGAAGAAGAAAAAGGAUUUGUAGCUGAAUAUCGUGAAGCUCCGCGUGGUCGCAUAAGACCGGCGCCACAACCUACACUGCGGAUUUCAAAUAAGGAGCCACUGAACUUUUGA